AUGAAAGAGUUCACACUGGGCAAAAAGCCUUACGAAUGUAAACAAUGUGGCAAGUGUUUUAGCAAAGCAGGAAACCUAAGGAGUCAUGAAAGUAUUCACACUGGGGAAAAGCCUUAUGAAUGUAAACAGUGUGGCAAGUGUUUUAGCGAAGCGGGAAACCUAAGGAUUCAUAAAAGAGUUCACACUGGGGAAAAGCCUUAUGAAUGUAAACAGUGUGGCAAGUGUUUUAGCCAAGCAGGAACCCUAAGGUUUCAUGAAAGAAUUCACACUGGGGAAAAGCCUUACAAAUGUAAACAGUGUGGCAAGUAUUUUAGUCAAGCAGGAUACCUAAGAAGUCAUGAAAGAGUUCACACUGGGGAAAAGCCUUAUGAAUGUAAACAGUGUGGCAAGUGUUAUAGGCGAGCAGAUCACCUAAGGCGUCAUGAAAGAAUUCACACUGGGGGAAAGCCUUAUGAAUGUAAACAGUGUAGCAAGCGUUUCAGUGUAGCAGGAGACCUGAGGACGCAUGAGAGAAUCCACACCCUUGGUGAGUCAUGUAAAUGUUCCCGGAAAAACAGAAGUCUGUCUAAACGUUUGGAAUCUGGCAAGCGGAAGAGAGCGGAAGGUAAAAACGUUUAUGUUAGCAGAGGCAUAGGCUUUACAAACAACCUUCAAAUACAGAGGGAGACUGGAAACGCUGAUGUAGCAGAUGCACAAUUUGUCAUCUUUGAGAAUUACAGCUGCUGGAUUUGUCAAGAGGAGAUGAGUAGUGAGGCUCUUCUCGUUCAGCAUUAUGAAAACCACAUGACCCAUGUUUGUGAAGAUGAUUCUUAAGUUAAUCAAACCAAAAACUAUGGGGAAUUCUGUAGGCUCUAGGAGGAGGGGAUGCAUCAAAUUACCUUGCACCUUCCCACAGGCUCCGGAGAGUUGUUGACCAAUGAUUUCAAACAAAGUGAAUUAGUGACACUUUGCCUACAAUGUUUAUGUAAUUUCGAAAUCGUUCUGAAGUUUUUGCCACGGUUGAGCAGUUCUUAAAAUAGUUCACCCGAAAAUGGGCCGAAGAAAGCAAGAAGAGAGGCCACUGCAGAUUGUGUCAAUCCAUGAAUAACUCUGUUUUAAAACUGCCUCGAAAAGAAACUGAAAGUGCCAUUAGUGAAUAUUUGGGCUGCAGAAUUAUAUAAGAACCGAGGUUUUUUCAUUUGAAAAUCUUAAAGGUAAAUUAACAAGUUAGAGAUUACUGGGCAUUUGGACACGGACGUCAUAGCGGGAGUGGCCCAUCUCAUCUAUCUAGUGUCACGUAGCUAGAGAAAUGUAACUUACAUGUACUAUCCCUUGGGGGUACUCUUAGCAAUUGUUGUUGUGGCGCCCAGUUCUCUAAAUCCUGACACUAUUUUCAGACCAAAAAUGUCAUUUUACACCCGUUUUCAGACCAGAACUUUAAAAUCCAUACCUGUUUCAGACCUUGCCUUUAGGCAGAAAUUAUGUCAUGGUUCAUUAGAUCAGAGCGUAAACAAAAAUUUAUUCAAAUGCAUUUCGAAUUCGUAUAUUUCUAUUUUUUUCUUUCAUUUGAAAUUGAUACGAAAAAUACGUUUAUACGCUCCCAUUGUUCGCUCGAAAACCAUACUCGAUUCCAGAGAAAACUUUACACCCGUUUUCAGAGGAAACAGGUCCAGAAACCAUACCCUUUGGGGCGGCACAUAGCUAUAUGGCUUAUAUAAGCGGUUUUUCCACCCCCUCCCGGGUACUUUCUAACAUACUUUUUACUGCAUCGUUCAUCUGUUUGCUAAGAAGCCCCCAACUUGGAACACUACUGAAAGAUCAUUAUGAUCAGCAGCAAACUUUGUGAAUAAACAGAUGUACCACUUUCUUUCAAUUUUACUUUUGAAAUUGUGGUGCCAUUAUAAAGUAGUCUAUUUGCCAUAUGAUCAACUUUGAAGGUCCAAUAUUUUGCAAAUUGUCCACGUUUCGAUUUUUCUUAAUACUGCCUGCCCUCAAAAUGCUCGCAAUGUACUCUCAGAAAAUCUAGUUGUCCCAACGCCCCCUCCCCUCCAAGAAACAAGUGCACGUACAGUCGUUUUGGUCCGUCUUCUCGUUGGAACGCACUCUCACAGAAAAAAAGCUGGGUACGGGCGUGGCUGAGGAUAAUGUUUUAGAAUAACCUCCUGCCUCAUUCGACAUCUCUGACCUCAGAUCUUUCGCGCCGCUGUAUCUCAACCAGGAACAAAAAACAGACCGAACAACUACCUGCUACGCAGGCUACUGCAAGUAGUAGUGGAGAACUGAACUGCUCGCUAAGUAACUGACGUUUUUGCUGCAUUUUGAAAUGAAAACUACUGAUAGAAAUUAUAGGUUGUACAUUUUAUAGCCUCGUAAAGUUCUAAGACCAAUAUCAUUACCGGCUUUGAGUGCAUGUAAGCGAUUUAUGUAAGAGAUUGCUGAUUAGCUGGCGAGCAAGCUCAUUUGGGGAUAUCGUGAAAAGUAGACGCGCGUGAGGCACGCGAGAAGAGAUGCGAAAGCGGGGGUGCCCCCUCGCGGCUCGCUUCGUUCGCCCAAACAUGAGAGCCUUAUCGCAGGCAGGAGUCCAUAACCCGGAGCGUGCAAACCCCAUACUAGGCCUAUGUCACGGCGUUUUUACUGACCGGUUUAUUUUUAGACACAUUUAAAGGCAAUUUUUCCCGCGAAAAUGGAAUCUCCUGCACGUCCAUGAACGCAUUCGUAGUAUAAGCUAUCAAAGAGGAAAACGUAACGUCAUUAAAAGGCAAAAGUUAUCAUUUUUAGGGCUGUAUGUUUUCCUGACUGCUUUGUGUGACUUUAAAGAUACCGUAAAAUUUUGAAAAUAAGCCCCGGGGCUUAUAUUUUUAAAAAGCCCUUUUUUGAGGGGCAGAUUUUUGGAGGGGCCUAUAUCCGGAGGGGCUUAUAUACGGAGGGGCUUAUAUACGGAGGGAAAUUUGCGUUUCAAAAUCGGCCAGGCUUAUACAGGGGGCGAAAUUUACGUCUCAAAAUCGAUUGGGCUAGCUUAUGGUUGGAAGGAAACUUUAUCAGUAAUUUGCAGAAACUAGCCUUGAGAACGUAGAUCUUACUGAAACUAAGCCAUGCCUUUACUUUGUCUAUAUGGAACGAGGAAAUCCAAUCCAAGAGUUAAGAGUGAACUAUGCAAACAGCAAUAUAGUGUGACACAUUUUGACUGCAAGCAUUUCGCACACGUAAUAAUUCUUUGGCAAAUGCAAACAAUUUUGUGUUACUCUACAGUUUUUGCUUGAAUUUGAGGGCAAUUUGCUAGUACAAGCCCCCGGGGGGGCUAUAUUUGGAGGGGCGAUAUAACGAACGGGUUUUGGGGCUACGAGUUUGGGGGGCUUAUAUUCGGAAUUUUACGGUAUUCUAAAUUCGCGCCAAGAGCGUUCUAAUGGGCUCCUGUCGCAGGCGACAUUUCUGCCUUGUUUGAGAUACCUCUGGGCAUGUGUUAAAAGGCGCGGGUCAGUCAUUUAGAAAUAAAGGUCCCUUAUAACGUCUUACUCGGAGACACUACUAAUGGAAAUAACGUUUCAGCGAAAAACAGUGCAGUAGCAAGGUUAGAUGUAUUGGGAUGGGGGGGGGGAUUAAUCGCGAGCGCCGAAGGCGCGAUCGUCGUAGGGCAUGCACCCCUGAAAGAUUUUAAAAUAUGGGGUCUCUGAAAAUGUGUUACCGUCGAAGGCCAGGAACUCACGGAAGUAUCAGAAGUCAAGCCCUCGGGCGCCCUUUCCUUUUCCUCGCUUUGGGCGGGGGUUACGAACCCAGCCCAGUCUAAUAACCACCCCAAUCACUUGUAAAAAAUUAUAAAACGGGAAUGAAGAAGUAAACAAAAGAAUAAAACGAAAAGUAGACAAAUAUAUUUCAAUAUAUAUAUUUUUUGUUUUAAGGAUCGGUUUGCCGUGUUUAUGAUUUGGUACAAGUUUUCAUUGUACUGAUACAGGACUACAACAAAGAGAUCCGGCAGCAUUCAACGGUUUAUUGCCUGGACUUGGCGAUAUUUUUAUUUUGGCACUCCGAUCUUUGCGUGAAUCGCUCUUAUAUUUGGAAAAUGAUUUACUAGUGCAUGAAAGAUAGGAUAACUAAAAGUAAAUGUGUUGAAAGUAAAGUUAUCCAAUUUCUUAGCCGUUAUUAAAAAUUUAUAGUCUUGCAAUAGAGGUGCCAUUACGCAAGACGUCUAGCGAAAUAAAAUGAAAUAAAGUUAAAAAUAAUUAUAGCAGCUGAAAAUUUUCCUACAAAAGAUAAAUGGAUAAUAAUAUCAUAGCAUAAAUUAUUGUAAAAUAUGGACUUAAUGUUUACAAUUUCGCUUGGUAACGCAUUCCAAUUAGAAACUGAUCCCUAAACAAACAAACAAACAAAAAAAGGAAAACCCGUCACCCAGGCCACACUGGUCUAGCCUAGGUCCCCACACCCCACGAGGUUUUGUACUCCUCAACCUCUCCCCCAGGGUCUUCUGGUUUUUCAAUUUGGCGAGAAGACCCUGGGGACGAGUUUGUGUGAAAAUCAAAGUGGCCGCCAUCAGAAGGUGAUUUAUGAAUCCUUCAGUUCUUGGUUUUAUCUUCCCUCGUGUGAUUUGAUCAAAGCGACAAGGUCUUGUUACUAAAGGUAAGAAAGUUUUCAAUACAUUAUGGAUAUAUUCAGUUGUGAAAGUGAAAUGAUAGCGGCUGGCUGCUCGGAUGAGAAAACACACACAGAUGAUCCCGAGUCCUACCACUUUAAUUUCGGGCUUCAUGUGGGGCCAUCAGAUGCUAAUAACAACGGACCUGAACUUGGUUUCCCAGAUAGAAAUAUCUAUCUGCUGUUUUUUAAAUUUUUUACGUUUCCAAGCUUAUUACGUUGUUUUGUAUCUGAAGGCUUCAAUAAGCUUUAAACGUAGCUUUUCAUGUUUUACUAUAAUUGCAUCUAAAUGACCUUUGGUCACCUUUAUUCAAAGAUUUGUAGUCUUGCAACAGGGUUGCCAUCACCCAAGAUGACGAACUGAAUAAAAUGAAAUAAAGUUAAAAGUAAUGACGUGAAAAAAUUUUCUACAAAAGAUAAAAUGGAUAAAAAUUCCACGGCAUCAAUCAUUAUGUAAUAUUUAAAAUUCAUCCUUGACUAAAAUAUUCAAAUAAGACUUUUUUGAAUCGAUGUGCGGACUUAAUGUUAACAAUUUCACUUGGUCAUGCAUUCCAGUCCUUGACAGUUCUACACUUAACACGGACGUCGAGUGUUGUCACGUAUUAUCUUUGCCUUUGAAUACAGCCGUCUCUCCUUGCCCUUCACAGAUAGCAGUCGACUUGUACCUAAACAAUUUUGAAGAUAAUAGUUGAAUGCAAUAAGAGUCUUGUUUAGUUUGUUGUUCAAUUCAAUUUCCACAUUAGUUAAAAAAUUAUCUGCUGUGAUUUCUUAAGGACUUUCUUAUUCACAUACACAAUUGUGAAAGCAUUUGACCAACUAGUUGAAUUUUACUAAAACUAUUAUUCCUCUCGCUCUCAUGGCCUUGAACUCAUGGGCUAUUGACUCAGAGCCAUUCAAUCUUGAGGAAUGAUUGUUAAUUAUUAUUUGGACCAAAUGAAUAAGGGAUAGGUGGUAUUAAUAAAUCAAACUGUGACACUUCAUGUUGACUGAUCCUCUGUGUUCUGCUUUCCUUAAGCAUAAAAAUCCCCAAAGAUACCAAAUAAUUCAUGGUAUGCAUUCCAUAGGACACAAAGAUUGGUCAAGUCAUAUGAAGAUGUUUUUCUAGAAUAUCCUGUUUGUGUAAUUUCUGUGGUUGUUGUUAACGACGCAUAUUAAAUUUCUUUUAGUCUUUGUUGUACUUUAAAAUAGAAGGAGUAUAUUUUUAUUUCAGUAAACUGUAAUACAGAGGUUUGGAGUCUGUCUUCAGAUUAAUUCCCUGGUUACAUAAAGGCCAAAGCAUUUUCAAUUUAGGGAUGGUUCAUUAUUUAUAAGGAUGACCAGGUCAGGAAAAACAUAAAAGCCUUCCUCUUUCUUUCUAAAGCCCACCCCAAAAGCACAACGUUUUUUUCGUAGCCCGUUCAGUAUUUGUGGUCAAAUUUUCGAAAGCCCGUUCAAUUUGACAUUGAUUUGAAGUGAGUAACUUGUGAAAAUCAUGGAAUGUUUAUUCACAACUGGAGCAACUAGUGUAUGCUUCGAUGUCUGGAUCAAAUACAAUGACUUGGAAGAACCUUUGGAGUUUUCCAACCUCGCCAAAUAGAACUCCUUGUGAAGUAAAAUUUUCCCUGAAAGUGUUCGACAUUUUUUUAAAGGAAUAAGUUUCUACAAACCUGUGUUUAAAAUGUGUUGAGAACACGUUUGCGAGAUGAUUUGAGAGGUCAUUCAAUACUCUGUUCCAGGUCUCUGUUGAAUCAGAAAGACAUGGAAAGACUGGUAACUAAUGCAAAAAUUAAACGAAUUUAUAUAUUAUACUACAUUGAUUUAUUAGAUGCUGUUAUAGUGACCUGCAUUAAGUUUUAAGAACAUCAACUGUUUGCAAAGUCAAUCAAAACCAUAAAAUUCCUCUUCCCCUAAAUCACUUUCAAAGACAAACCAUGUCUUAUCACUUUCAUCGAUGCUAUAACAUUCGCGUUUGCCAGAAGUUGCGUCUCGCUCUGAGUCAGGCCCACUUGGCCAUUCUCCAAGGACAAUAUCCUCCUCACUUUCAUCAGUCCCCUGAGCCAUCAAUUUCUUUGCCGUGGUCUUCCAUUCCACCUUCCUUUGCUUCCUCGUCAGUAGACUCAUUUAUAUCUUCCCAUUGAUCAUCCUCACCAUGAAGCACACGCAACAAUGUUCACCUUAUCUUUUCAGCUUUGGUGCCGUUGCUUAUGAGUUUGUAAUGUUUAAGAUAAUUUUAUUUAUUAAGCUCAACACGAGCAACUUUUGUGAAUCUCCAGACUCCACGAGAUGGUGCCAGGCAUAUUCUUUAAAUGUUUUGGGCGCCAAUUUAUGCUUUUUGUUUUUUUGCCCCUUUCUCUCUUAAAAAAUGCCGCUUUGUUGUUUGAGAUCUUCUAGAUGAGCAAUAAACAUGUAUGUCUUGAUCAAGUGCAUCUCUACGGCAAAAUUCUCUGAAAACUGCUGCAUCUCUUUUUCUAUUGAUAACAUGCCUGCAUUGAACAUUUUCUUUAUUUUUACACGUGGUUGAAAAUCAUCUGGCACUCGAGGUUGCCCUUCUGUAUGGUAGUUGGUGUCUCAUUGACCACUUUAAAAUGGGUAGGAUUUUCAGGAUCUGGCACAGGCUGGGGAAUAUGUUUCAUGGGCACAGGACUUGUCCAUCCUUUGUUAGAACGAAACGAACAACAUUCAGUGAUCAUGCACAGUAGAGCAGUCACCAUACAAAUACUCCACAAAGAGCUCACCAAUUUUGUAAUGGUCAUUGGUGAAUUGUAGAAUUUUUUUAAUGUUCGCACUUCCAGGGGCACAUGAUUUCCUAUUCUGAGUCGCAGAUUGGUAUUCCUUAAGAUUACUCCUUAUCAGCUUUGAUUUUUUCAGCAGGGAGAGCAGUUGUGAAAUCCUUUAACACUGGCACAUCAUCUACUUUCUCCCUGUACCGCAAUUUAUUGGGUGUAUUUCAAUACCAAUACAGUUUCCGUGUAUUGUCUCACCAAAUAACUGUCGCGUUUCUACCACAGUUUUAGCAUAAGUUGAUAUUUUUUACAGCCCAAUCUCUUUGUUCAAAAAAAAAAAAAAAACACAAAGCCGUUGCCACAGAAAGAAAAAUCUUCAAGGCCUGUUCAGUUUUUUCCCGACCUGGUCAUUCCUAUAAAUAAUGAACCAUCCCUUAGAUCUCAUUGUGUUUUUAAACUGGGACUCAUGAUUUCUUACAAGAUGAGUCCCAGGAUGUACACUGUACCAUAACUAUUUGUAACAAAAUCACUGCUGAUCUGGUAUAACUUAUUCAUGUGCUAGAAGUUGCAAUUUGUUUUUGAUCUUCAACUGCUUAACAUCCAACUUAGUUCAUGUGCUUAAGUGUUUCCAAUUUGCAUUCCACUCGUUUUAUACAGAAUUGAUAUCAUCUUCUGGCGUCUGUUUGUUUGAUGUUUGUUUGUUCCAGUUCCAGAACAGGAAGUAGGGAACCAUUACUUAAGUCUGCUUCUUCCUCUCCCUCUUCUUUGCUUUUGGUAAUGCACUUCACUAAAUUAAGUAACCUUCCUAUCAAAUAACCCCCCUGUCUGUUAAACAUGCUUAAAACAUAAGCCCCCAGGGAGCUUUAUAGAGGAUUUCUAUUGCCACAUUUAAAGCUGCAUGAUAACGUUAAUGACCAAUAUUGAAAAUGUAUGUUAUUGCCAAUGAGGCAACUGCAGAUUUAUAAUUCUGUGUCUUCCUCUAUAAUUUGAAUUUUUGACCAUAUUUGAUUGUAAGUAAGACCCCAUAUUUGGGCAAUCAUGACAUGGUCUUUUAUUUACAACUCUUGGUGCGAGAUUAAGUGAUCCAGUGUAAAACUGAUCAUUAUCUGCUCCUGGAGAUCUAAUGUGAGAGAAAGCUUUAAUAGGAUUUCUUGUUUGAAAGAGCUAUUAGUGCUCAGGUUUGCUUUAUACUUUACAAUUAAAGCAACAGCUGAUCAAGGAAUAGGGUUGUAAGCUCAAGUUUUUGUCGGAGCAAGCUUAUUCCUUACAGCUGGUUUUCAGUGUUCUCUUUCCCUUUGUAAAUUGAGUUUGAAGUGGUAGCUGUUCAGUGAAUAGGCUUAUACUCUCAAAACGUUUAUCAGAACCAGAAUUUAUUUUUGUCUUUCGAGGGAUUUUAUCAACCAGCGUGUUCUUUUUCAGAUGGAUUUACAUUGAGACAGGCCUAACCUAACGUGAGGAAUGCAACGAGUUUGUGUACAUUUUGUUUUAAAGACUAUCAUUAUGCCUUUCGAGAGAAGCACUCACUGACGUUUUUAUUUUUAUACCUCUGGUACAUUCCACCCUAUUAUUACGCUUUUCACACAUUUUGCUUUACACCAAUUUUUUCAUCAUGUAUAUUACCAUGCUGAAUACCGUUUUUUCACCCUAGAUGAUGCUGUUGAUCGGCGAAAGGCAACCAUUUCUUUAGCCUGCUUUUUUUUCUUCUUUUUUUCCUUUACUUUUGGUGAUGCAUUUCACUAAAUUAAAUAACCCUCCCUCUCAAUUAAUAAUCCUUACUCUCUGUUAAACAUCCUUUAAACAAAAUAAGCCCUAAGGGAGUUUAUAGGGGAUUUACAGUAAUACAGGUUCCACUAUUUUCUGUAUUAAAGCUGCAUGAUGAGCCUUAAUUACCAUUUAUAAAUGCCUGUUAUUUUACAAAAAACAGGGAAGUUUCCGAUCCAAAUACAAAGUCAACAAAUUAUUAAAUUAACCCUGUUGAAGGAUUCUCCAUUUUGAAGGGGUCAUGUUAAGUUGUACAUGUAGGUAUGUAGUUAGUUUAUGACAGGUCUAAAACCACUUUUUCAUAGGCAGGUAUCUUUAAAGUUUUCUAAUUUUUCACAUCUCCCUAACAACCAUCAGAUCUUGCAGCCCCUGCUACAAAGUUGGGGCACCAAAACAGAAUAUGAUUGUGCAUUUACCUGAGAAUGUUUCUUUUUCCUUCCAAAGGGUACCGUAACUAUAACACGUUUCAAGAAGAACAAACGCAAUGUCCUUUAAGUGCCUGCAGUGCAGCAAGUGCUUUAGUCUAGCAGAAAACCUAAGGGAGCAUGAAAGAGUUCACACUGGGGAAAAGCCUUAUGAUUGUAAACAAUGUGGCAAGUGUUUUGGCCGAGCAGAACACCUAAGGAUUCAUGAAAGAGUUCACACUGGGGAAAAGCCUUAUGAAUGUAAACAAUGUGGCAAGUGUUUUAGCCAAGCUGGACACCUAAGAAUUCAUGAAAGAGUUCACACUGGCGAAAAGCCUUAUGAAUGUAAACAAUGUGGCAAGUGUUUUGGCCGAGCAGGACACCUAAGGAUUCAUGAAGCAGUUCACACUGGGAAAAAGCCUUAUGAAUGUAAACAGUGUGGCAAGUGUUUUAGCCAAGCAGGAACCCUAAGGAUUCAUGAAAGAAUUCACACUGGGGAAAAGCCUUACGAAUGUAAACAGUGUGGCAAGUAUUUCAGUCAAGCAGGAGACCUAAGAAGUCAUGAAAGAGUUCACACUGGGGAAAAGCCUUACGAAUGUAAACAAUGUGGCAAGUGUUUUAGCCAAGCAGGAAACCUAAGGAGUCAUGAAAGAAUUCACACUAGGGAAAAGCCUUACGAAUGUAAACAGUGUGGCAAGUAUUUUAGUAAAGCAGGAGACCUAAGAAGUCAUGAAAGAGUUCACACUGGGGAAAAGCCUUACGAAUGUAAACAAUGUGGCAAGUGUUUUAGCCAAGCAGGAAACCUAAGGAGUCAUGAAAGUAUUCACGCUGGGGAAAAGCCUUAUGAAUGUAAACAGUGUGGCAAGUGUUUUAGCGAAGCGGGAAACCUAAGGAUUCAUAAAAGAGUUCACACUGGGGAAAAGCCUUAUGAAUGUAAACAGUGUGGCAAGUGUUUUACCCAAGCAGGAAGCCUAAGGAUUCAUGAAAAAGUUCACACUGGGGAAAAGCCUUGUGAAUGUAAACAGUGUGGCAAGUGUUUUAGUCAUCCAGGAACCCUAAGAAGGCAUGAAAGAGUUCACUCUGAGGGAAAGCCUUAUGAAUGUAAACAGUGUGGCAAGUGUUUUAGGCGAGCAGAUCACCUAAGGAGUCAUGAAAGAAUUCACACUGGGGAAAAGCCUUAUGAAUGUAAACAGUGUAGCAAGCGUUUCAGUGUAGCAGGAGACCUGAGGAAGCAUGAGAGAAUCCACACCCUUGGUGAGUCAUGUAAAUGUUCCCGGAAAAACAGAAGUCUGUCUAAACGUUUGGAAUCUUGCAAGCGGAAGAGAGCGGAAGGUAAAAACGUUUAUGUUAGCAGAGGCAUAGGCUUUACAAACAACCUUCAAAUACAGAGGGAGACUGGAAACGCUGAUGUAGCAGAUGCACAAUUUGUCAUCUUGGAGAAUUACAGCUGCUGGAUUUGUCAAGAGGAGAUGAGUAGUGAGGCUCUUCUCGUUCAGCAUUAUGAAAACCACAUGACCCAUGUUUGUGAAGAUGACUCUUAA